AUGAAGUACUCUUUCGUCGCCGCAGCCAUCGUGGGCUCAGUAUCCGCUGCUCCUUACUAUCCAGUCGCAGUGCAGUCUGAGUACCCAGCCUCGAGCCACGUCCCCGACUACCCAGCCUCGAGCCAUGUCCCCGAUUACCCAGCCUCGAGCCACGUCCCCGACUACCCAGCUUCGAGCCACGUCCCCGAUUACCCAGCCUCGAGCCACGUCCCCGACUACCCAGCCUCGAGCCACGUCCCCGACUACCCAGCUUCAAGCCACGUCCCCGACUACCCAGCUUCAAGCCAUGUGCCUGACUACCCAGCUUCAAGCCACGUCCCCGACUACCCAGCUUCAAGCCAUGUCCCCGACUACCCAGCUUCAAGCCAUGUCCCCGACUACCCAGCUUCGAGCCAUGUCCCCGAUUACCCAGCCUCGAGCCAUGUCCCCGAUUACCCAGCCUCGAGCCACGUCCCCGACUACCCAGCUUCGAGCCAUGUCCCCGAUUACCCAGCCUCGAGCCACGUCCCCGACUACCCAGCUUCAAGCCACGUCCCCGAUUACCCAGCUUCAAGCCAUGUGCCUGACUACCCAGCUUCAAGCCAUGUGCCUGAAUACCCAGCUUCAAGCCACGUCCCACAGUACCCUGCUUCGAGCAAAACCCCUGGGCAUCCCGCCUAUCCAACUCCUAGCUCCAAGAGCCUUCCCCACGGUACUGGCUAUCCUCAUCAGCCUCACCCAACCAAGUCGGUCGAAUACCCCCAUGAUGUUACCAAGACUAUCACCAGCACCAUGUAUUCUUGGGUACCAUGCAGCACAUCUGUAGGACACAACGAUAAGACGACGUACUACUCCACUUACCUCACGGCUUCGACGUACACCACUAUUUAUACCACUGUCUACCCCCAUGGCCCAGCUCCUACAACCGCCAAGCCAGCUCCUCCAGCGCCGACCAGUGACAAGCCAGUCUACCCUGCAGAGACACCUAAGCCCCACUCGCCUGUUGCUCCCGUUCCUGACAACUGCCCUGCACCAGUCACAACAACCGUCACUGUCUACCACCAGGCGCCUGUCACCGUGACCUACACUGAGGGAGGCAAGCCCCAGACAACAGUUGUUGCUCCUCCUGCUGGCCCCAAACCGACAGAUGUGUACCCUGAGAGCCCAAAGCCCACCACUACGGCCCACCACGAGACACCCGAGGCUUCCGAGUACCCCGAGGCUCCUAAGCCAUCCAAGCACUCAGAUGCACCUAAGCCUUCUCACUCUGCUUCCGUUGGGCACUCAAUCCCUGGCUACGUUGCUUCUUCCCCGGCUCCCUACCCCACCAGCAAGGUUUCUUCAUCUUCGGUUGGCUAUCCAGUGCACACCCCCAGCCCCUCAAGCACCAUGGGUUACCCAGCAGUGACACCCUCUCCCUCUGCUUCCAAGUCUAUUCCUUCGUACCCCGAGUACCCCGUCGCUUCCUCUUCUUCGAAAGAAGUUCCCAGCUACCCGGAAUACCCUGCCUCUUCCCCUAAGCCUACACCUAGCCCUACAGGCUAUGUGGCUACGCACUACUAG